GCCACCAUGGCGGCCGCGCUCCUGUCAAACAGGAAAUUCGACAAAAUAUUUCGAAAUCAUGUAAAAUUUACAAAAGCGUCUAAUAAUCAUAAAUCUAUAAUUCUAAACAAACCACAGUUAAAUUUAAUUUGUAAGCAAUGCGCGGUUACGAGCUAUUUCAGGUUUUACUCAACAACACCUCCAAGCAGUACUGGUGCCUCUGGAGGUGGAGAUACAGCGAAAAAUGUAUUGGCGGCAGUGUUGGCAAACAAACCUAAAACUGGAAAAAUUCCAGUUGGUAUCCAAAAACGGGACUGCUUUCACCCAGGUGCAUCUGUUUUGUCUCGUGAAGAUAUCAACCUGGGGGAUGCCAAACCAGUUUCCGGAGUGGACAUGUUUAGGGGCAUGUUGGAAUAUGUAUGGCCGAAGGACAACGCAAUGAUCAGGAACCGGGUUAUGCUGUCCCUUUCCUUGCUAUUCGGAGCGAAGGUGAUGAACGUAUCGGUGCCGUUCUUAUUCAAGUACGCGGUGGACGAAGUCAAUAUGGCCACCGCGACGCCAGCGGGGGAUGCUUUAUUUGGAAUGGCCACCGUGCCUCAAGCGCUAGGCACUGCUGCCUUCAGUCUGCUGAUUGGAUACGGCAUAGCCCGAGCCACAGCGGCUGGUUUCAACGAGCUACGUAACGCGGUGUUCGCUAAGGUAGCGCAGCACUCCAUCCGGCGGCUGGCCUGCAACGUGUUCACGCAUCUACAUAACCUCGACCUAAGCUUCCAUCUGGGGAGGCAGACUGGGGCGCUGUCCAAGACGAUAGACCGAGGGUCGCGCGCCAUCAACUUCGUGUUAUCAGCGAUGAUAUUCAACGUGGUGCCGACUAUUUUCGAACUGGCGCUCGUCUCGGCCAUACUCGGCUUCAAAGGAGGCAUGGCUUUCGCAGGUCUGGCCGUGAGUUGUGUAGGCGUGUACGCGGUGUUCACGUUAGCCAUCACGCAAUGGCGGACCAAGUUCCGCGUGUACAUGAACCGCGCCGAAAACGAGGCGGGAAAUAAGGCCAUCGACUCGCUCAUCAACUACGAGACUGUCAAGUACUUCAACAACGAGCAAUACGAGCUCCAGAAGUACGACGACAGCCUCCGCAAGUACGAGCAGGCGUCGCUGAAGACUGCCUCCAGCCUCGCGCUGCUGAACUUCGGUCAACAUGCUAUCUUCAGCGCGGGCCUCAGCGCAAUCAUGCUGCUAGCCGCCAACGAGAUCGCCGCAGGCAACAUGUCUGUAGGCGACUUGGUGAUGGUGAACGGGCUGCUAUUCCAGCUGUCGAUCCCGCUGGGCUUCCUGGGCUCGGUGUACCGCGAGGUGCGCCAGGCGCUCAUCGACAUGCAGACCAUGUUCACCCUUAUGACCGUGCAGUCAAGGAUCAAGGAAAUAGACAAAGCUCCACCCCUAAUAGUGGACACAAAGACAUCGACCAUAGAGUUCAAAGAUGUCAGCUUCAAAUACAUCAACGGGAAGCCGAUAUUCAACAACCUUAGCCUCACCAUCCCUGCUGGCAAGAAGAUUGGCAUCGUGGGCGGUUCUGGUAGCGGAAAAUCAACAAUGGUGCGGCUUUUGUUCCGGUUCUUCGAACCUCAGUCGGGGCAGAUCACGAUCGCCGGACAGAACAUAAAGGAUAUUGACCUGGCCAGUUUACGGAAAGCCAUCGCUAUCGUUCCACAGGAUUGCGUGUUAUUCCACGACACGAUAUUCCACAACCUACACUACGGCGACUUGUCGCAGCCGGCCGAAGAAGUCUACCGAGCUAGCAAGAUGGCCGAGCUCCAUGACUCCGUCAAGACUUGGCCUAAGGGCUACGACACACAAGUGGGUGAACGCGGACUGAAACUAUCGGGCGGCGAGAAGCAACGCGUGGCUAUAGCACGCGCGAUACUCAAGAACGCACCUAUCAUCGUGUUCGACGAGGCCACAUCCAGUCUGGAUUCACUUACUGAGCACGCGAUUCUCCAAGCGCUCAAAGCGGCAACCGUAGGCCGUACAUCAAUCUGCAUCGCACACCGACUAUCCACAGUCGCCGACGCCGACGAAAUACUAGUGUUGGAACACGGAUCCAUCUCAGAGAGAGGACAACACCAUGAAUUAAUAAACAACCCUAAGUCCUUGUACUACAGGCUGUGGGAGAAACAGAACAAGGAUAUACCCUUGAAAUGAGUGAUACGUUGAUAAAGUGUAUUUAAUUUUGAUACUGUUUGGCUCGGAUUACAUGUACAGUCAAUGCAAUGAAGACCAUACAUUUUUGAUAUAGGUCGCGCAACGAAUCUUGAGGCUAACACUUACACUGAUAUAAUAUUUGAAUUUAGAACACAAAAUAUCUCAGAAUCAGAAUAUGCAAAACGUUAGUACCUCUGUGGUAAUAUAGCCAGUUCCUCCGUGGUUGAAGAUUCCGAGUGAAGCUCGCUUCCACCUUCGGCCUGAUCGUCACUUACCAUCAGGUGAGAUACAGGCCAAGAGCUUCCUCGUUGUGGAUAAAAAAAAAGCUAGCAUCCAUAACAAGCAUAUAAGUUGCUUACUUUGGUGCUAGUUGGCGCUGUGUGAAAUUGUCCAAAUUUAUUUAUUUUAUUUAAAUCUUAGCUUGUAAUGAUCGCCUCAAGUUUUGCUACGCGACCUAUACAAAAUCGCAUCUAUUAAAGUUAUGUAAGAUGCUACAAUGUUUACGUUGACGUGCUGUCUGUAGUUUGGUGAUUCGUGUGUCGGUCGCGGGUUCGAUGCCCGCACCGCACUAAUAAUUAUUAGAGACUAUACAUCAGUCUCGGUAUUUUUUAUGUAUCAAAAAGUAUUUAUGUAUGUCCAUUUCUUUGGCACUUUGGUACUCCUGUUGCAAAGUAUAUGGCGCUGUGUACAUUUUUAUUUAUUUAUGUUUUUCGUUGUAUUUAUUUAUAUUGCCUUUCAUCUAUUGAGCAUAAAAUCUGGAGCAAAUUUUGAGCGUGUUGUAACUAAAGAAUUUGGAAUAUAUUCGGGCUAAGCCCGAACCUAAAGUUGACUGGAUCGAUGUUUUUGUAUUCAAAACAAAAUUGACUAAAGUGAAGGCAUAUUCAAGUAGCCAAUGAGAGUCAUGAGAAACUAUAAAAGGCAGUUACACAAAAUUUCAUUUUUCCAAAUGAAAGUUAAGCUGAGGCUAUACAAUCUAUUUGUUUGUAAAACUACACCCUAUUUAUCUUAGAAGUGUAUAAAAUAAACAUAUUAUUCUAUACUAAGACAAUUUUGUAAAACACAGUCACUAAAGGCAUGAAGAAAUACUUGCAUAAAAUAAGAAAAAAAAAUAUGAGCUCAUGUCUACGUGGCCUAAUAUUGUAAUAUUCUAGUCUCUACCUCUUAAACUUGAAAUCAAAUUGUAUCACAAGUAAUAUUAGAUGAAAUAAACAUGUUCAAAAUCGUUGUUCUGAAAAUACCUAGUUUAAUAAAUAAAAUAAAAAUUAUACUUCUGAACAUAGCUGCUAUGUAUGUAACAAAAAAACUGAAUAGUUGUUACUAUUAUAAACGAACAUUGUUCUACCUUUUCAAUGAAAUAAUAAGAUUUUGGUUAAUCUAUUUUUAUGUUAUU